AUCAGAGAAAGGUGAAGGAAGCUGAAGAUGCUGGGGAAACGGAAACGGGAGGCUACAGUGGUCUCCCGACCUGCUGAGCAAGAAGGUGAUCCUCUCGCCGUUCCGCCCAACUCCCACGACCUUCUCCGAAAGUAUUUUGAAGAUCAGUUCGAGCCAUUGGACGUGCCGCAGAAAGGAAAGGCUUCUGUCGCGAAUCCUCCAGAUACGGAAUCUGAUGAUGACAAGGAAGAUUCUGAAUGGAGUGGCAUCUCCGACGAUGACGGGGACGAUACUUCCCCUUCCGACACGGCUCCGGAGGUGGUCGAUCAUAGCACUUCUCACAGAAUAAGUAAAGAUGGUUUUGAAAAAGAGCUUCGGAAACAGUUCAUGUCGGCAAAGCCGCCGUCCUCGUCUCAGAUGAAAUCUAAAACCACAGCAAGGCGGAAUACGAAUGCAUCCGACGGCGACGAAGGAGCUGAUGAUGCGAUGAAUUUGAAAAACGACCUUGCCUUACAACGCUUGCUAAAGGAGUCUCAUCUCCUUGAGUCUGCCGACGACCUCAAUCCUACCGGGAAAAAUCGUCACCGUGCACUUGAUAUUCGUAUGCAAACUAUCGGAGCAAAUGAUUCGAUCUAUAUGCAGAAAAAGAUGCCAAUGUCUCACAGAAAGGGGAUAGAAGCUAAAGUAGCAAAGAAAGACGCGACAAGACGACGGGAAGCAAAAGAAAAUGGAAUUAUUCUUGAGAAGCCUACGCCGAAACGGAAGGUCAGCAGUGCGAGAAGGGAACGGGGCGUUGGCGGACCAUCCGUUGGAAAAUUUUCUGGAGGCACACUAAGAUUGAGCAAGCGGGAUCUCGCGGAUAUCCAGGGCCCACGAACAAUGAGCAAAGGCAAGAAAAGGGGUCGCAGGUGACCAGCUUAGCGGCUAAAGAACAGAUCGCCGCUGUAUCCUCCUGCCACAAAUUUUGAGUUAAUGUCAAAAUGAUUUGAUAGGAGCAGCAUUCUAUCACAAUCUGCGCCCUUACUUGACUAUUCCUGAGGUUAAAAUCCACGUGUUGGACGAGCUAUCUUCGCCCAUCAGCGGACCCGUAUCAGAAACUUCAAGCCACCGCUUCGAAUCAAGACAUGCAUGAAGCGUGUGAGGCGGAAAAAUGGCUGGUUUCAGGCGCUCGUUCCUGGCUACUGCGUGUCAGAGAUUUGCAGAAAUGCUGUUGAAGUGGUGCUAGUCAUGGCGCCGUCGACCACGCUAGAUUGGAUUUCCCCGCAGAUAUUCAGCAGCGCGUGGCGCACUAACUCCGUCUGGAUUCCGGAAAAGUUGACGAGACAAGAAAAAGAAGAAAGUUUCUUCCGCUUUGGAAGUUGGGACCUUUUUUAUUUUAUUUUAUUUUAUUUUAUUUUUUUUUUUUUUGACUACUAGUUAGCGCAAACAAGCCGGAUCAAGCGGCUACUAUGAUGAACCCGUCCUUUCACACCCUGAAUGUUGGCUCUUCUCGGCAGCCUGGUCUCCCCGGUGACGAAUUUGCCUUCUUUUGCUUGUAGAGGGGUGAUCUUGGUAGGAGGUGUUGAAAUGGGUCCAAUUCGAGACAAGAGCUUGUAUUUCUGGAGCGUCGCGGCCGGUCCUCCCGACUUGGUACUAUUUUCGACAUUGUCAGAGAGUUGUAUGAGAAGCAGGCGAUGAUCGGCACACGGUAUCGGACUGAAGUCAGCUUUGUAGUUAAAAGUUGUAUUCCAUUUGACA